AAGAAAUUGUAAUCAAAAUACUUAGAUCUCAAUUUACUUGCAAAAUAUCUUUUAAAUCAUCAAUUAUUGAUAUUCAUCAAAGAAAUCAUGAAGCAUAAUCUUAUUUUAGUAGUCGUCUUAUUGGCCACGCUUUCAAUAAUCAACGCUAUUCCACAUCAACUUAAUAAAAGAGCAACCAACUUUACAACAUGUCCUUCAGGAUUAUCUCCAAACACUUUUACUGCAACACUUCAACCCGAUCCUCCCACUGCUGGAGACUGCGCUAUUACUGCUACCGGAACAUUUGUGAUUCCAGAAGGUUCUAAAUUGCUCGUUCAAGUUUUCGAUAGUACUGCUAACGCAGUAGGAGAACCCUUAACAGCCGAUAUUUGUACUAACGGUGUAGAUACAUGUCCAACCGAUGGAACCGAUGGAACCGAUGGAACCGAUGGACCUACUCCCUUCAACAUUAUGGAUACAGUUACAAUACCUGCUGAUGUACCCCAACCACCAUUUGCUCUUGCAAUUUCAAUUGUUGAUACAACCGGCAAUAUUUUAGGCUGUACCUUUGGUACUACUGGUUAAUUAAUUAGAUGAUUUUAUACCUUAUUAAAUUUUUAUUUAUUAAUUAAUAUGUAAUAAUUUGUAAUCAGAUAGAACAAUAAAUAAAUUUCAAUCAAACUUAUAAAUGAGUAUUUUAUUUUUUUAAGAAAUUGUCGUGCACAUGAAAUUUUUUAAUAUAAUGUCGUUAUUAUAAUUUAUCCUGUCAUAUUGGUUGAAAAUUACAAGAAAAUUAUUUGUGAAUCAAUAAUGUUUGUUUCAAGUUGAUUAAUGUUAAGAGACAUAAUUAAUCAAUCACAAAGUUUUAAAAUUUAAAAUGGUGAAAAGGAAUAAAAUUCAACGAAAAAUAUAUAAAUUGUAUUAUUGUCGGUAUUAACACAAAGUUUUUAGGAUCAUAAUAAAGAAUUU